AUGUCGAUUCCUCUUCACGACGAGACAUAUUUUCGUUCACCCCUAUCCACGCUUCUCCAUUCCCUGGACGGUACAUCCUCUCGUAUCACCAUCAUUGACCUCUGUGACGCAUAUCAGACGCUACUUUCUCGAUUUCAACUCCAUUCCCGGCUUCUCGAUGCUUCGGUUUCUGAGCCAGGCAUUCCCUUCGCGUCCCUGGAAUGCCUACGGCGCCACACGCCCGCUCUGACACGCUGUCUUUCGAGGGAUAUUGGUGGGGAGUUCGUGCAAUCCGGCGGAGGUUUCAAAACACGAAAACUGGGCCACCUGGCUCUGUGGGUCCUCGCAGCGAUCUUCAGGCUUGACGCGUUACACAACCUGUUUUCAGCUCGCGACCUCACGAAGCUGCUGGGAAACUUGCUCGAGCUCCAAAGAGACGGCGCUUGUUCUGUGCAGCACACGAAGACGCACAGCAUCCUGAUAUGGAUACUACGCACUCAGGACCUCCCGGCAACGAUUUUGUCUCCCCAUAUCUCGGGUAUAAUGCGAUGUAUCAGUGGAACACUUGCUCCACGCGGUGUAACAUCGGAUGCUCGCAUCACUACGGACGGUUUGGGAGCUUUGCGAUCCUUACUCUCACGCCACGGCCACCUCUGCCUUCCUCAUACCGUCCCCCUUCUGGCAGCAGUGUGCUACCAUCUAACAGCACCAGAAUCCGACGUUAAAACUGCAGCUGCCGACGCGCUAUGUGGCUACGUCAUUGCAUUGCGCAACCAAGGUCAUAACCAGAAGGUGCAAAAGGAGAUAAGCGAGAUGAUCGGGUCGUAUGUAGAGACAGAGACAUCGCGCCAGUACCGGGACAAACCCAAUUCCCUGCCGACAAUCCUAAGGACCGCUACUGAGGUCAAUACAACGUCAAAACCUGUCGAUCCUCCGCCACCUGCGUCAUGGGCAUUCGUUGUCCUAGCCUGUAUCGUCCUCCUCUCGGAUUUCGCAUUCUUCAUGCGACCACGGACGUUGAAGUUGGUUCUGCCCGCCCUUGCACGUGUGCGUAAGCCAUGGCCCAAGCUGCACGCGGCCGUAUGGAAGUGUCUUGUGGAGGUUCUGGCCAGACUGUAUCGCCGUGAGCCGUGUCUGGUUACGCAGAGCGCUGCGAAGGAAGGAGGGCUGAAGGCGAUGACGGAGCCGGCCCUCAACGUGGUCAAACAGGAGGUCGCACAUGGUAUCGGUGCGGCCCUAGUGAGCAAACUCCUGGAGAUGCAUGACAUCCACCAUGGCCUGGAUUGCGCCCUCUCAGUGACACAGCAGAUGGUUGGAAGCGACCGCUGGUCCAUACAUCAAGAUGGUUUCCGAAUAUACAUGCGAAUGCUCACACCCGGUACCACUCACUCGACUCCUCCGGGCCCUCUGGUACAUGAACAGCCAACUGAAGAUCAGAAACUUGUAUCCAUCAUACCGACAAUCUUGACAGAUGGCACCCUCCUUGAAGCGGUGGAUUCGACCUCCUUGGCGGAUCUAUCAGCCGAACUACCGCCGCAGGACGAUGUGCAUAUACGCACGCUCUCCGACGAGGAGAUCGUUCGGCAUUGGGACGAACUUGUCGCUAUCUUCAAACGCGUUCUACAUCGUCACGUUUCAGUACAUUCAAUCCCUGAGCAGGAGAACAUUCGACGGCAUCUCAUAGCCGCAUGGCAAACCCUUCUUCUUGCUCAGACUCAACUGUCCCAGGGACGAGGCCACUUGGCGCCCCCUCCAGACUUCAUUGAACGUUCCGCCGCGCUGGUAGCGCGCAUAUAUGAAACCUCAGGCUCUGACACUGAACAAGGUCGAUCUCCACUAUCGCUGGCGCUAACGACGGUGGCUAGAGACAUGUGGCCGUGGACUGUCUCCGAUGAAGCUUGGGAUGCCUGGGAUGGCCUCUGGAACAGGAUCAUGUCAAGGCCGACAUUGGAUUCAGCAAGUGUGGCGGAGAUUGUAAUAGAACGUUCGACCUCACCUCAUCUGAUGUCGCUGUCCACCUUCAUCAUGCGCGUACUUGGUCAUUGGAUCGGAUUGAAUGCUCCCGAUUGCGCUGUUCUCCACUGUAUUGGUCACCUAUUGCGCAAGCUGUACCCCAUGGACCGGGCAGCGGUGCCUGCCGCUUUAGAGGGGUGGCAAGUCCUGCGAACGAUGUUUCAACGUUGGUCGCCAGAGCAACUAAUAGCGACUUUGCGAGCGAUGAAUGACGGUCUCGGGAUGUGGCUCCGCGACGAGAGUUUGGUGUUUACAGACGACGAAUACAACGAACAUAUUAUCCCUCUGUACGCAAAUACGUUGGAUCAACUGCGACGUCUACCAGCACAUCAAAAUAAUUUAGACGCGAUUGCACCGUUCCUUGGGAGCGUAUUCCAUCGCAAUCCACUACCUGUUCCGCUUUUCGGACCAGAUGCAUUCGGUACCUAUUGGCAGGAGACCUAUGCCGGCAUCGUGAACAUCCAUGUUCCUCCGGAACUGAAAGACUGCGUUCACGCCUACGUCGAGGCAUUCGGUGGCGACGUCACUAUAAGCGAAUCCCAGCUCUCGUCCUCAUCUCCAUCGACGGACACAGUGCCUGAUUCUCAGGCUACCUCCAUCACGCGAGUGCUUCCUUCGCUGGUGGAGCCCCCCAGCUCGCAGAUGAACUCGCGCUUGACGGCCGCUCGUCAUGAUCUUUUCCCACCGCCACCACCUGGCCGUCGUCCUCAUCAUCCAAGCCCCCUCUCUCGGACGCUCAGGUCCGUCGACCCUGAUCAACAAUCUGCAGCCAUUGCCUCAGUACCCACGCCCUCCGCAACACCUAGGUCGCCGCUGGUGCCCCGCAAACGCUCUUCUCCAGAGAGGAGCCCAUGCGAGGAUCGUCGCCGAGGUUCUAAGCGAGGCCGCUCCGCUGCUAAUGAUCUGGGCUCUCCCAUCGUGCUCAAGCAAACGGCGAAAGCGCAAGUCCCAGCCACGCCAGCAAGAUCACCUCUGGCUUCACGCCCGAUGCAGCCUUCCCAGGAGCCAGAGGAUUACGGUAGCUGGGAAAUUCACAUUCCAUCACCGGAGGUCCGCCGGAUGGCGAGCGAUGUCGCCUCAGGCAAGUACAUGCCCUUACGAUGUCGAAAUACGCCCUCAAUAACUCGCAGACCGGCCAUGGACAACAUGACCCAUAACAGUUCAGAGUAUCGCCAGUUCAACAUCCCCGAAUAA